UCACUGGCAAUUCCAGAACAGAACGGGGGCGUGGCUACCCGGUAAAACUCGAACGGACUAACUUGAACUCUCCGCAACAAAGUAUCUCUGUGAACCGGGUUAUUACACCGCUGCAGAAUGCACUGCACACAUCCCAGCGUGUCUCCUAAAGAGGCAUUAGAGGCCUGGGUCCAAAUGUAAUGGCCACACUCAGAACAAGGUGGCUUCUGUCCAUCUUGCUGGUCAACGUGCCACAUUGUUUUGCUCCAGGUCCUCCUGAUGCUCUCUCUCCUCCUGAGUGCUGUAUCCCAUGUGGUGGGGAAAACAACUGUGCAGAUAUCCACUGUAGUUGGGAUACGAGGCCGGACACUCAUAUCCCGACGUACUACAGCCUGCACUGGGAGCCAGCAAAUAACGAGGAGGGGCAUGUGAUCAAUGGGACCAGUUUGAGUGGGAUUAUCCUUCGUAAACACUUCCCCCGCGGGGAACUUCAUGUUUGGGUCCAGGCUAAGAACCAGUAUGGUUCUAACAAAUCUGAGGAGGCUGUGUUUGAUACAGCAAAUAUCAACAAGAUGCCCCCUCCUAACGUCCCAUUGCCGAGCUAUGAGGAGUCAUUAGGGGUUUCCUGGGAGUCCAGCUGUGAUGAGCAUCAUGUCUCUGUGGGCGUUUGUGACGUCAGAUAUCGGAUUAAGGACGACCACAUCUGGCUUGAGGAAGAGGAUAAAGUCAGCCUCAGCUAUACCGUCGACGAUCCCCAGCCCGCCACGGACUAUGAAUUUCAAGUUCGUUGUUCCUGUGACCCAGGUGUGAAGAGUGACUGGAGUGACAUCGCCGAAAUACGAAGCACAGAGAAGGCCCCUGUUGGAGAGCUGGAUGUAUGGAGGGACUGUGGGAUAUCCCAGGCAAGCUCUGACUGUGUUCUGACCUGGAAGAAGCUUCCUAUAUCUCAGGCUCACGGUGUCAUUCUGGGAUAUGAAGUCAGACUGACUUACAAUAACGACACUGUGAAGGUGGUGAACGUGUCCACGGCUGAGUCAAAUUGCUGGCUGGUGUUGGAGGAGACGCAAUGCCACUUCACUUCCUCUCUAAAGGAUGCAUCAUCAGUCAGUGUGUCUGCCUACAACGCUCUUGGUGCCACAGUGCCUUCUUAUCUGGCUAUGCCAGUACCAGGUGAAGAGAAAAACGGGGAAGCUAUUCGCCUCAAGAUGAGUGAAGAGAACCUGACUGUGUCCUGGGAUCUGCCAUCUCAGCCCUCUGACAACCUGAAGGAAUAUGUGGUGCAAUACAAACAGGCAGGAAGUCCUCCAGGCCGAGGAUUUCAUUGGAUCAAAGUGAACAAAAGCCAGACAGCAGUAUUCUUUAAAGGUCAAUAUGAAUGGUACAAACCCUACCAAGUGUCACUGUUCACUGUAUCACACAGCAGUAAAGUCCAUCACCUCUCAUCAGUUAUUGGAUAUUCACUUCAAGGAACCCCCUCCAGAGUGCCAUCAUUUCAGGUGUUUUCCAUUGCUGCCACUGGUGGGACCAUGUCCUGGGAGUCUGUUCCCCUCUGCGAGCAGAACGGGGUGAUCUUGUACUACCAGAUAAUAGUAGACGAUGGAGUAGACGGACAAAACGUGUACAACGUGUCUUACAAAAGUAAGACGUUUAAGCUGCAGCAUCUCAAUCCAGAACAGGACUAUGAGGUGCGGAUAAGAGCUGUGACUGUAGCCGGACCCGGAGCAAAUGAAACAGUAAAGUUCAAAACGAAACAAAGCGAGGAUAUUGCGUACUUAAUUCCAGUCGUGCUUGGAAUCAGUUUUGUGGUUGUGAUAUGUGCUGUAGUUGCUUUAGUCUGUGUUUGUCGAGGAGAAAACAAACUGGGGCAUCAGUGUUUCUAUUUCAAAGUGCCAGAUGCCCGCAACAGCUACAUUAUCAGACACAUGAAGCACCAGAUUAAUGAGCCCUUGCCUUGGAUCUGCAUUGCCGUCUAUGAGCCAGACCCGACGCUCUCUCUGUUGGAGGUUGUGGAGAUCCAGCCCUGGGCUUUUGAGUCUUCCCCGGAGAACUCCUCCGACCCUGACGGGUUAACUAGGCCAGUGGUCCGAGGUGGCCAAGAUGAUCAGAGGGAGGAAACGGUCACAGAGGAGUGUCAUAGGACUGACCGCAGAUAUGGAAGAGAGGAGUACAGCAAAAUGAUUGACUCCGAUGAGGAGAGGGACAGGGAGGAAGAUUGUUGGAGCUCAUCAGAGGAAGGACAGUCAACGUCGGGCUACGAAAAGCACUUCAUGCCCACUGCUUUGGAAGUACUGGAAGUUUGAUGUUUUCUCUACGUUGGCUGCUCACUGACAUUCAUCUCAGGGUUGUGUUGUAAUUCACUGAGGAAAUGUGAUAUUAGACGAAGAGCCUCUGGACAGGCUCUAAUGCCUCUCUCUGCAGGAGCCAGGAGGGCGACUCAGGCCAUUGGCUUCAUUAGAUUAGUGUUUGUUUCACCACAUUGUGCUCACUUUGCUUUUUUUAAAUUUCUUUUCCUAUUUCAGUUACAACUCAUUGGUGAUUACCUAUGCUGGAUUUUGUUAUGAACAUUUAAACAUCCAUUAAUUUUUUUGUUUACAUUGUUACACCUUAAACUUUAUAUUUUGAUGAAUGUACAUUAGACAUACAUGCAACUGUCAUAUAUAAAUAAACAUUUUUUUAUAAGCUU